AUGUCUUUUCGAGGCGAUAUAAUCGAUGAUGAAACCUCGUUUUUAUGGAGUCCGGAGUAUAUUUUUGAGUCACCGGAACUAUGUCUUCCAUUAAGGCCACAAAGUCACCAGCACCAGACCCUUCAUCGACAACAACAAGAACUAGACAUUUCGCAUGAGUCUUGGUUACGAGGAAAUCUAUUAAAUGUUCGUUCAAGGAGCCGAAUAGGGAUGGGUCAGCGAAUCGGACAAGGAAAUGGAAUUGCACAUCCAACUUUGUCUUAUUCUCAUGAGUUUCCAAAUCAUCUUCAAGAGAUACAACAAGCAAGUUCUGAUGCAUUUGGUUCACUGUUUCCUCAACACUUCCAUCGUUUUUCAGAUGAUAACCUUCCAGUUAUCACCACAAACAUAACAGAAACUCCUCUAAACAGACAACAACAUUGUUUUUGUGCUCAUACCCUUUCAACUAGAGAACCUCUGUUAAACAACCAAUAUCAUAACUAUUAUGAUUUGAAUCAAAUUGUGGCGGUGAAUACUGAGCAUUCAAGUCCCAUAGGCCCGAGCAAUUUCAUUCCAAAUGGGUUGCAUAAUUAUAUGCCUUGUCAGACGUAUGUCCCAAUCACUUCGGCUUUUACCAUAAAUGGACAGCAACUGCCCCCAUCAGUUUUAGCCAUUCGGUGUAAUGAACCUCCCAAUCUAAGGGCGGUUAACAAUUCAGCUAGGCAUCAUGUCAUUAUGCAAAGAAGGGUGCAUCAGUCUUCAUCAAGUUUUCGGGUUACCAGCUUAUACACUCAGCUGCGUAGACGUCCAACUCCAAGCGCAAACUUAAGCAUACCUCCACAAAAUGAAGUUUUGGGAUCUCGGCGAAGAACUUAUGAAAGUCGGUUUCGAUUUGGAGAACCAUCAUCUUCUACUCGACGCAGGACGACUAUACCAGCAGAUGAAAGUGUUGGUUCAACUGCAAUCAAUCCUACUGAAGAAAGGAGAGAAUAUGGACUGUACGAUCCAGAAUAUGAAAGACAAGGUCUAUGUAUUGACCCUCACUUGAGAAAUUUUCUCAAUCAAUAAAUGGUCGUUGGUCUAUCCUCACACCUUCAACAAGUGAAAGGAAUCUAUAGGUCAUUGAUCUAUCCUCAAAACUUUGAAUAAGUGAAAGUUUCUUUCUAAUGUUUAAUGGUGUGUUGUCAUGGCCUCCUUUUCGUUUUCUCUAUGGUCUUUAGUUUUAUCUUGUGUCAGCGUCAAGUGGACUUGUUUUAAAGGUUGAUGUCAGUUUACAUCAUGGUAUUGUACCCUCAUCUUACAAUCGUUAAACCUUGAUUUGUUGUUAUUCUUAAAGCUUCUUCCUCCAUCGCUUUAUGAUCACAUCUCUGAGCUA